GCUGCCGCCACAGUGGCUGACUGGUUGGUCACCCUGCCCACCCGACCCAGUGCUCACACCCUCUGACUGGUGACUGGCUAUGGCCCAAUUGCUCAGGGCUUCGACCUGGGGGCUGUUCCCCUGGAGGAGCUACUGCUCCCAGAAGGCAAAGGGUGAGCUCUGCAGGGACUUCGUGGAGGCUCUGAAAGCCGUGGUGGGAGGCUCCCACGUGUCCACUGCCACUGCGGUCCGAGAGCUGCACGGGCGCGAUGAGUCAGUGCACAGGUGCCAACCUCCGGAUGCUGUAGUGUGGCCCCAGAACGUGGAGCAGGUCAGCCGAGUGGCAGCCCUGUGCUACAGCCAAGGUGUGCCCAUCAUCCCAUUCGGCACCGGCACCGGGCUGGAGGGUGGCGUCUGCGCUGUGCAGGGCGGCGUCUGCGUUAACCUGAUGCAGAUGGACCAGAUCCUGGAGCUGAACCUGGAGGACUUCUCUGUGGUGGUGGAGCCCGGCGUCACCCGCAAAGCCCUUAACACCCACCUGCGGGACAGCGGCCUCUGGUUUCCCGUGGACCCAGGCGCCGACGCCUCUCUCUGCGGCAUGGCGGCCACCGCGGCUUCGGGCACCAACGCGGUCCGCUACGGCACCAUGCGGGAAAACGUGCUCAACCUGGAGGUGGUGCUGCCGGACGGGCGGCUGCUGCACACGGCGGGCCCAGGCCGGCACUUCCGGAAGAGUGCAGCCGGCUACAAUCUCACGGGGCUCUUCGUGGGUUCGGAGGGGACGCUGGGCCUCAUCACAGCCACCACCCUGCGCCUGCACCCUGCCCCUGAGGCCACGGUGGCUGCCACGUGUGCGUUCCCCAGUGUCCAGGCUGCUGUGGACAGCACUGUACACAUCCUCCAGGCGGCAGUGCCCGUGGCCCGCAUUGAGUUCCUGGAUGAAGUCAUGAUGGAUGCCUGCAACAGGUACAGCAAGCUGAAUUGCUCAGUGGCGCCCACACUCUUCCUGGAGUUCCAUGGCUCCCAGCAGGCACUGGAGGAGCAGCUGCAGCGCACAGAGGAGAUAGUCCAGCAGAACGGAGCCUCUGACUUCUCCUGGGCCAAGGAGGCCGAGGAGCGGAGCCAGCUUUGGGCAGCACGGCAUAAUGCCUGGUAUGCAGCCCUGGCCCUGCGGCCAGGCUGCAAGGGCUACUCCACGGACGUGUGUGUGCCCAUCUCCCGGCUGCCGGAGAUCGUGGUGCAGACCAAGGAGGAUCUGAAUGCCUCGGGACUCAAAGGAAGCAUUGUUGGACAUGUGGGUGACGGCAACUUCCACUGCAUCCUGCUGGUUAACCCUGAUGACGCCGAGGAACUGGGCAGGGUCAAGGCUUUUGCAGAACAGCUGGGCAGGCGGGCACUGGCCCUCCAUGGAACGUGCACGGGAGAGCAUGGCAUCGGGCUGGGCAAGCGACAGCUGCUACAGGAGGAGGUGGGCGCCGUGGGUGUGGAGACUAUGCGGCAGCUCAAGGCAGUGCUGGAUCCCCGAGGCCUCAUGAACCCGGGCAAAGUGCUGUGAGCAGCUCUGAGCACUUAGCCCAUGGGUUCCCAGACUACGGAGCCUCUGUUCUGGGACUUUUCUUCAUGCUACAGCCCCUGCUAGGGAUAGACAGUAGCUGAUGCUGUCAUCCUGCCAGCGAGCCCAGAGAAGCCUGGGCACCGGGUUAAUCCCCAGACUUCUGGCUGGCCCCAGGAGCCCUUGGCUCAGUAAAUGACCCAGGGUGGUUCCCGGCAAAGCUG